AUGGACAGUAAAAAUAAUCAAUCUUCUGCAGCUAGAAUUUUAGUUGAGUUCUUGGAGGUGGCAAUUACUUCAGUUGUUUUCCUCAAAGGAGUUUAUCCUUCUGAUGCAUUUGAGAGGAGGAGGUAUAUGCAUGUGGUGGUGCAGAGAGCUAGGCAUCCACUGCUUAGAGAUUAUAUUCACUCUGCGGUUUCUGGGCUUCUUCCUUUUAUCCAAAAGGGACUGGUGGAGAGAGUAGCUGUGAUUUUCUUUGACAGUGAUAACAUCCCACUGGAGAGAUUCAUUUUCAAGCUCGCAGUGAACCAGUCUAAUGGCUCAAAGGUGGAAGAAGGUGACUUGGAGUUUUCUCUUAGAUCAUUCUUAGUCAAACUCUCUGUCUCAGAAGGUCUUACCAAAGUUCUUCCGCGAGAUUGCAGGUGGGAGAUAACCGCUUAUUUCCGCUCACUCCCUCAUGUUAGUACAAGCAAGGAUGCAGAGUUAUGGAUCCCGACAGACACAAAGCAGUGGCAGCAACCUCCACUAAUAACCCCAAUCAAAUCAAUGAGCAGUGAACCUCUGUCUUUGCAGUUAUAUAUGGAGCAUCCAAGUUUAUCUGAACCAAAGCCUCAAGAGGGGAAGAAUUCAUAG